UGAGCACUUUGAAUCAAUUUAAAUACUUAUUCAACAUGUCUGGAAGAGGAAAGACCGGAGGAAAAGCAAGGGCGAAGGCCAAGACCAGGUCGUCCCGUGCCGGGCUCCAGUUCCCCGUUGGCCGUGUGCACAGACUUCUUCGCAAGGGCAACUAUGCUCAUCGCGUUGGAGCCGGAGCUCCAGUCUACCUGGCUGCCGUGCUUGAGUAUCUGACCGCUGAGAUCCUGGAGUUGGCCGGUAACGCCGCCCGUGACAACAAGAAGACCCGCAUCAUCCCCCGCCAUCUGCAGCUGGCCGUGCGUAACGACGAAGAGCUCAACAAACUCCUCGGUGGAGUGACCAUCGCCCAGGGCGGUGUGCUGCCUAACAUCCAGGCCGUCCUUCUGCCCAAGAAGACAGAGAAGCCCGCCAAGAAGUAAACUGAAAACCCAUCUACAAUCAACAAAAGGCUCUUUUAAGAGCCACUCAAAUCUACUAAGAGAUAUUCCGUCCAGAAAGUCAACUGAAAUAGGCUAAUUAUCUCAAAUGACUAGAAGCAUGAUGCCCCACUCGGACCUUCUUAAAAUCUUUACAUGGACCUUACUGUUUAUUAGGCUACUUUCAUGAAAGGGUGGACAUAAUACAUCAAAUCAAGAUAAAAGUAAUUAUCUGAAACUUCAAGUGGCCAAUAAUUACGUUGAUAUGGUCCCUGAGGUUUGCUCAAGAGCAUCACGCUUAAGAUAAUUAUUUUCUCAAUAGGCAAACCCUUUUUUGUGCUACACGUGAUGAAUGGCAUAACAUUUAGUUGCUACAAUGAGCAUUCAAUGUCUCCAGUAAAAGCAAGAGGUGCUAAAACGCCGGUUGUGUAAGGGUAAUAUUUCAUGGGGUCAAGCUUUGCUAGGUAUUUAUUUGUUCUUUAUUACAUUGUAGGUUUAUCCUACUGCUGAUUCAUUUAUGUUGAUUAUUUAUGUUUAUACAAUGCAAGUAUGCUCGAUUCCUCCCCCACUACGACGGCAUGUAGCCA